AUGACUCGUACCGAGCGCAACACUUCCCCAGCUGCGAUCAUGCGCGACCGCCACUCGCGUACUGGCCUCACCAAGUCUGAGUUUGAGCGCAAGGGCGGAGCCGGCGCACACAACUGGGGCAGCGUCAACGACGAGGAGCGUGCCGAGUACGAUGGGCGCCUCGACGCCGAGCUAGAGACUGCCAUGUUUGACGAUGGCGCGGCCCCCGCCGAGGCCGACAAGGUCGAUGACCUGCCCGAGCGUGAGGCGCCUGUCGCCCCCCAGCGCCGUAUGAGCCAGGUGUCGGACCAGGAGCGUGCCGACGCCCUGCGUUACCGCGAGGGUGGGCUCAAGCAGAACGGCAUCGACCUCGCCAACAUUGCUCGUACUAGCCACGGUGUGGCUCAGAGCCCGCCCAACAACCUUGGCACUAGCCCUCUUCGCCAGAAGUCGGGCUUCUCUGCUCAGUAG